CUUCACUCGAGUGCGCGAGUCCCAUGCGCUGCUCCUGUGGCCGCCCUCGCCUGCAGCGUCGUCCCGAACUUCACAUCCAGCAACGUCGCCGGCAGUUCCCCGCGACCAUCGUCACCAGCAACAUCAUCGUCGUCGUCAGUUGCCCGAGGAAAGCAUCGGCAUCGUUAUCAAAUCCCACUGAACACCAUCAACUCAGAGGCUGCAUCACCAUCAGUUCCACGUGAACUCCAUCAUCACAUCCCCACUGCCAUCGCCACCACCUCCAGCAUCAUUAUUGGAGACCCCGUGAUCCGUGGAGAGGAGUGGGAGAGUCGGGGAUCAUGGACGUGCGAGUGGCCCGCGUCUCCCUCCCGAUCCUCGUGCUCCUCUCCUUCCUGUCUGGCCGCUGCGUGUGCGUGACGGUGACGACGGCGACCCCGCGUGUGGAGCGCGCCAUGGGCCAAGUGGCGGCGCUCGACUGCAGCUUCACGGUGGACGCGGGCGACACGGGCGUUCUCGACGUGGAGUGGACCAUCGAUAACCCCGACACCAACCAGAGGGACAGCAUGGUGAUAUCCAGCCAGGGGGGCGAGGUGUUCACCCAGAUGGCGUCGCUGCGCGGGCGCGUGUCGUUUGCGGGCAACGUGGCGCAGGGCAACGCGACGGUGCUCAUCGCGUCGCUGCAAGCGGGCGACAGCGCCACCUACGAGUGCAAAGUGAAGAAGGCGCCGGGCAUCGACCGGCAGCGCAUCCAGCUCAGUGUGCUCGCGCGGCCCACGGCACCUACGUGCACAACGGCGGGGGCCUCGGAGCUGGGGAAGGAUGUGACGCUGUCCUGCGCCUCCUCCGCGGGUUCCUCGCCGCUCCUCUAUGUGUGGGAGCGCGUCGGCGGGGCCCUGCCAGCCAAGGCCACGGCGGAUGCCGUGCUGGGGACGCUGAUGCUGCGGAACCUGACGCAGGAUGACAGUGGCACGUACCGCUGCACCGCACAGAACCGCGUCGGCUCCGAGACGUGCGUCAUGGCUGUGGCCAUCACUAACAGAACUCUCAGCGCCGGUGCCAUCGCUGGUAUCGUGCUUGGGGCGCUGGCGCUGCUGGCGUUGCUGCUGCUGCUUCUCCUCUGCUGCUGUUGCUGCUGCCGGCGGAGACGCAAGCGGCGCGAGGAGGAGGAGAUCAUGAACGAAAUCCAUGAGGACGUGGCGGCUCCGCGCUCCGCGUCCGGCAGCGUGCGCUCCUCCAUGGUGUCGGCGAUGCCGCCCGACCGCUACACCACCUACUCGUGCCACCCGCCGCGCUACAACCCGCUCUUCGCCGGCUCCAUCCGCUCCGCCCUGGGCCUGCGUCCUUCCAGCCGCACCUCGAACCGUUCCUCCGUCGCCGCCUCCAAGUCCGCGCUCCACGCGGCCCACGGCUCCGCCCAGAGCUCCGUGCGCUCCUCCACCACUGGCGCCGCCACCCCCAUCGCCGCCACCACCUCCAGGCGAGGAGGCCCUACCGUCUCGUUUGGGCCGGGCCCGGGUCACGCCGUCGCCGCGGGCGACGUCCGUCUCUCCACCAUCCCCGAGUCGAUGGGGAGCAACGGCAGAGCGGGGGGCGGCGGCGGCGGCGGCGCGGGGGGCUCCAUGCUGGGGUACCCCGGGUACUCCGGGGCCCAGCAGGGCACGGCGGGAAGAGGGGGCGGGGGGAUCGUCCUGCGUUCGGGGGUUUCGCCGGAGUCCUCGCGCGGGGGGUCCGGGGAGCCCCCUAAUGGGUACGCGGCACCUGCCCGCAACGGCGCGGGGAGCAGUCGGGACUUUACCCUCGUGUGACGGGGGUCGGGAGGUGUCAAGUCACCGAGGGGUGUUGGAGAGGUUUGUGCCUGCGUGUGAUUUUUAGAUCCGUGUGUGCGUGCGUAUGUGUGCGCGUGUGUGGGGAGCCAUGGCGCAGCGAUAAGUGCGCUGCGUCGCCACAUGGGAAGACAAAGAUGGUUGGGCAUGGUGCUGGCCACCCACCCUCUCGUGUGCCGUGCCGGCCUUCAUAGGUGCACGCCAACAGCACUUGCCCCAAAAGUCUAUUCAGGCUAUACGGGGGGGGGGGGGGGGGGGGGUCUUUGUCCUUGUGAUUACAAAACACAAAUAUUUACCCAAAUAAACAUGGCAUGCCCAUGAGAUGGAGAAUCCAUGCAGAACGUUUGCAGGGCGGUGCAUGACGGUCAAACUGCGCUUUGUGAUUCUCAGAGCUGGAACCUUGCCAAAUUAAGUCCUGAACACAUUUUAUUUGAUUUAUUUUGUCCGCAAUAAUUUGUGGCCUGGCUGAGACCAUCAACUGUCAGAAUCUAUUUUCUCAGUGAUGCCGGCUCAAUGCAUUGACCCUCCGAGCCACCUGGCCACUGCAUCCAACGAUGAAUACAUGGAGAGGGGAAGUUACCAUUCUGUGCAGGCAGCUGCCCAGAGAUGCUUGUGAUUGUUUUAUUGUGUAUGUGCAGAGUUGUGCAUGGGUGUGAGUGUGUGAACUUCUACACGUGUGUAUUAGUGUGUGCGUCCAUGCUUGUGUGCGGGUGUGAUGUUGAGCAUACACGCAUGGGGGUGCACAUGCAGUGUGUGCGUGCACCGAUGCGUGCGGUUGUCGAGUGGCUAGUGCGCUGCACUAAAAACCCGACGACCGAGUUCGAUUUCCGCUAGCGGCCAACACUGGUGAUGAUUAUCUGAACUGAACCUGGCCCUCCCCUAGGUUGACUUGGCCUAAAAUAAGUAGCCGGCGGGAUGUGUAAACAUCGCCACGAGGGAGACAAAGGCAGCCGGGCGUGGUGGUGGCCACCGGUCCCCAUAGUGUGCCGUGCUGGCUGUCAUAGGUGCUCACUGACAGCACUUGCUCCAACAGUCUUUUAAGGCAAUAAAGGGGAUCUUUGUCUUUUGAGUUACACGUGUGUGUGCGUCGGUGCAAAUGCGUGUUUGUUACAUUCCCAACCACUUCCAAACAUUUGACGCGUUUCGAAUCCCCUGUGUUUGGAAAAGGGUAUGUGGUGGUGGGGAUGAGGGUGGUUGUGGAGAUUUUAAUUCCACUUGUAUAUGUAACGCGUAUGCAACAUAGAACAUGUAUAAGAUGUACUCGCGGUUUUGUGUAUAACUCGUAGCCUGGCUGUCGGCUCUGUUAACGGUACGGGGUUUGUGGUGCAAGGGGACCCCCCGAAGCAGUGUCAGGGAACAAACCCUAUCUUCAACUCUAACCUAGCCCUACCUCUACCCCUAAAAGCCUUUGUGGUACCCAAACCCUUUGCUUCAUCUGCAUGAGACUAUGUAUUGUUACUCUGAAGGGCUGGGAAAUCUCACUGGGUAUUGCGCUUAUUAUAAUUAUUGACUUGUGAUUGUUAUUAACAUUUUAAGUUUAAUGAUCGCUGGGGUCCUAGGGGGUCUCGUUGUUUGGAUAGUGUCGGGUCCCCUGUGCUACAGGAGGGGAUGGGUAAAGUUUAGUUUUGCAUCUGAUCAUCACCGGAGGAAGUUUUUUUUUUAUGGACACAUUGUACAUAUACAGGGCGAUCCAUUCAUAGAUAUCCCACUUAGAUUUGGUACACAAACCUCAUUCUGCAUUGCAGUCAUCGCUCCGUUUCUCUAAGUCCACCAUGCUGCACCUUAAAGUGGAACAUUUCACAAUUAUUUUUGCCCAAAAACUGGGCAUGCUAACAUUCUAUGUUUUUGGACAGAGCCAUACCUUUUUUAAGCUUUAUUUUUCAAUAAAAGGUGAAUUCCU